AUGAGCCCGACUCUCAACAAUAUCAUGUCUUCCCUGCAGAGAAGUGGAACAUUUAUCAAUUCUUUAAUUGCUGCUUCGACCAUUGGUGGGCAACAGCUUUGCUCUUCUUUCACAUUCAGAUGUCCCUGUCAGGCUGGAAAAAAUUUCUACUACGGUUCUGCUUUUCUAGUCAUUCCAGCCUUGAUCCUUCUGGUUGCCGGCUAUGCUCUGAGAAGCCAGAUGUGGACCAUGACCAGUGAAUACUGCUGCCGCUGUGGCCCUCCACAGAGGAGAAUCAGCCCCCUGGAGCGCAAGCUCGCUUGUCUUCGGUUCUUCAGCAUCACCAGGAGGGCACUCGUUGCCCCAUUAACAUGGCUGGCCGUAACCCUGCUGACAGGCACCUACUAUGAAUGUGCGGCAAGUGAAUUCGCAUCUGUGGACCAUUACCCAGUGUUUCACAACAUCAGCACCAGCAAAUGGAAAGAGGUCCUAGCUGGGUUUCCAUGUGGCAAAUCGGUUCCAUCCGACAUGAUCCUGGUAAGAGAUGAAGUAGGUCUUCUGCACAGAUACCAGUCACAAAUGCUGGGCUGGAUUGUGAUCACCUUGGCAGCCAUCGCUGCCCUGGUCUCCCGCUGCGUGGCGAGGUGCUGCUCUCCCCUCACCUCUCUGCAGCACUACUACUGGGCCAACCACCUCCACAACGAGAGGGAGCUCUUUGAACAAGCUGCCGAGCAGCACUCACGGCUCCUCAUCAUGCAGCGCAUAAAGAAACUCUUUGGCUUCAUUCCUGGAAAGGAAGAUGUCAGACACAUCCGUAUUCCUUCGUGUCAGGACUGGAGAGAUAUUUCAGCACCCAGUCUUCUCUGCAUGGGUGAGGACUUGCAAGGUCACUAUAGCUUCCUUAGAGGCAGGGUGGAUGAGACUAAUGAGGAAAGCAAAUUCGAAGGUAUUGAAUUAAAACCUUGCUUGUAGCACCUCUCACAGUUCAGGUUGCUUAACAGAUACUUUAUCUUUAUGAUGAUGGAGUUUCAAUGUAAUCUCUUCAUCUUUUUCUGUCUCUUCUGAUAUUUGUUUAAAUAAGUCCAUUCAAGAUGCCAUUUCCAAAAGCGGUUUAUCUGAUCAUUGUGCCAAUCUCUGUUUUUGAAAUUUCCUUGGUGGUCAGGUAAUGCCUAUAUUGGUUUAAUUAAAACAAUAUGGAUUUUGAAGUCAUAUCAGAAUGGGAACCUUGCUUCCGUUACUCAGUUAUCUGUGUGAAAACUAAUAUUUUUGAGCACCAUCUUGUUAUCUGCACAUAAUGGUUAUUUCAUAGAGCUGUUGUGAGGAUUAAAGGUGAUAAUAUAAGCAAAGUGCUCAGCACAGUGCCUUUCCUAAAAUACGUGCCAACACACAUUACUUUCUCCCUUUCUCUUUGUGUUCCAUGUCUCCCAUCACUAUUCCCCCGUCUCUAAUUCCUGGUUUUCUUUAUUUCUACCUCUUUAUAAUAUCCAGGAACUUUUCACUUGCUUCUGUCCCUUCUUUUGAUCCUAAAUAUCUGAGCUUUUGGGAACUAGAAUAAAAAGCCCUUUCUAAACUGGUAACAUGUAAGGGAGAAGCCCAUGCAAGGUCUUGAGUCAUUCUGCCAUAACCAGGGGAUGAUGCAUUAUUUUACCAUCAUUAGUAUCAUAAAUGUUAUUUGUAGCCCCUCCACCCUAGGAGCAUUUUUAUAGCCACAACAUAUAAAGUUCAUUCUAGAAAGCUUCCCUUCUGUGCUCUACUACAGAGACACUGUGCCUUUUCAUGAUCAAUUUGCACCCUUGCACUCAAAAUCCACUGGGGGAACUGAGACUGACAUCUGUAUUUGUAUACCCAUUACGUAAAACUCCAAAAGGGGAGACCUGCCUGACUCUUCUCUGUGACUUUACACCUCUAAUAUUUGACAGUUCUCUAAUUUAUCCUGAUUAUUUCUGAUAAUGUAGUGUCUUUUGUGCCUGAUGUCACAUUCACUUAAGCAACUGGUUCAUUGGCCAAAAUCAGCAAAAUGAGGGAUUUUGCUUAUUUUUUAAACCAAAACCAUGGCUGCUUACUGGGUAAUGGGCCAACUGCCAAUUGUCAUG